AUGAGAAAAGUUACUUAUAAUAAAACAUGCAAAAGUUCAGCUUUUUCAGAACUUGAAAAAGAGCUUUCUUUAUGUGUAAUUAAUCUACAUAAAGCUGUAAAAACUAUUAUGCAAAAUAUUAGUAGUUAG